UUGUUAUUAUAUUCACAAUUUUGUCAAUAAUUAAAGUGGUAGUUUGAUGCUUAUUGUUCAUCAAAUAUGGGUACUUAUAUCAAGUUAUCUAAAGUAGAAGGUCUUAGGGAAUCCGACCCCGAAGUCAUUGAGUAUGACAGAAAGAUAAAACGUUUCUUUAAUGCAAGUAAAGUUGUAGGUGUUGGUAAAGAAUCGGCGCCUAUAGCUCACGCAGCAUUUUCACCCAAUGGGUCUGUAGUCUCCAUGUGUUCAGCAACAAAGACAAUAUUCUACGACUACGUUAAAGAGAAAAUAAUACAUACCUAUAGUAAUCCAAAGGAAUUUGUGAGAUGUGUUGCAUUCCGUUCUGAUGGUAAAGUUGCAGCUGUGUCUGACAAUGGAGGUUGGAUACAGCUUGUCGCCUUAGGGCUGAAGACAAACCUUAGAAAAUGGCGAGCCCAUGAUGCAGCUUGUCAUGCACUCAUGUUUUCUCCGUCAAAGUUAAAUAUAUUGUCGGGGAGUGAUGAUGGUGUUGCGAAACUCUGGGAUACCGUUACCGGUGAAAUGAUUCAACAAUACAAUUUUCACACCGAUAAAAUACGGGCAUUGGCCAAUCUUGGUGGAUCGGGGCACUGGUGGGUAACUGGUGGUUACGAUCACAUGUGUUAUCUAUUCGACGCCAGAGAAAAAAACAAGUUUGUGUCCAAAAUAAAUCAUGGUGCUCCAGUUGAAUGUAUCGACAUUUCGACAUCCAACAAGAUAAUGCUAACUGCGGGAGGAAAUAAAGUAAACAUCUGGGAUGUGUCUAACGGUUUUAAGCUCCUACAUUCCUUUGAACCUCACCAGAGGACUGUAGUUAGAGGUUACAUCCGAGACUGCAUUAUUACAGCUUCUUUAGAUGGUACCGUUCGUUACUACAACUAUUCAUCACUAAAACGUGAUGGAUACAGUGCUACACAUGCCAGUGAUGUUGGUGAUAUGCAAGAUGAACCGAAGCCAACCGGAGCUGAUCAUCAGCCGGAACCAUCAACCGGUAACAACAUUCCCAUCAACCAGGAUGCUUUAACAUUGGCAGAUGUAUAUUUCGAAAAACCACAACUAGAAGGCAUCGGAUCCACCAAUAGCCCCAAAGAAACCGAUAUAAAUAUGCAUGAUUCUCUCUCCGAUUAUAGUACGUUUGUGACUCCGAGGAGCAGCGUAUUUUCAGCAGGUGAUAAUUUUACCCCGAUGAAUGAGAACACACCAUUCCGUGAUGAAGGGGUUGGUUCUCCCUUGGGAAAGCAAGAUGCCGACAAUGUGAACGUAGUUCCUCAAAGUGAUAAUGAUGCUACCGAAGACAAGAGUGUUAGAAACAAAUCAGAAUCAACGGUAUCACUGAGACAUGUAUAUAGAUUUAAUGAUGCGGUAACUGCAUUUGCAGUUUCCGUAGACGCAAGAUCGAUUGCUGUGGGCACAAGUAACGGGGAGUGGAUCAUAAGAUUUAACCCCAAGGAAGAAACACAAUCUAUAUCGCAACCCAAGAAAAUCAUUAAAGUCGAUGAAACUGUACUCGAGUAUAAAAGUCCCAAAUUAUCACUGUUGGAUAGGCUGGUGAAAACAUUCCAGUACCAGGCAGCGAUGGAUUUGGCGUUGUCACUAACGCCGCAGCAUGUAUACAACUUAGUUGAAAGUCUCGUGCUAAGGGGUAGCCUUGCAACUGCCGUUAGGGGUAAGGAUGAACAGACCAUAUUGCCCCUGUUAAAGUUCAUAUCAUCGCAAUUAGGGUCAGAUGUCAAGAAUACCAAUACACUGCUUGAGCUUGGGAAUGCUAUCAUUGACAACAACGGCUGGCUAGAGACGUGUGAUAAUUCGCUUGUCAUACAAGAACUUCGCAAAAUACCGACUAAAAUCAACUUUGAAUUGUAUCAGCACAACAUCCUUCAUACGUUGGAUGGGACUAUUGAUCUCAUACUAAGCAGGUCAACAAAAGCUGAAUAGUGGAUAAAUUAAUGAUUAACCGCUAGAAGUGGAUGUUUUAUCAUCAAAGUUUGU